AUAUCAUUAUUACAAUGCAAUACAAUACAAUACUUUUCUCUAUAAAUUACCAAAACUCGUCUAAAUUUCUGAAUAUCUGUGAUAUAAAAUGUCAAACGAGCAGGAAAAGCAGUUGCCAAAACCUCUUAUUCCGGAACUUUCUCACACUCUGCAAAGGUUCUUAGAAGGAAUUAAGACCAUUGUUACUGAAGAAGAAUAUAAAGAAGCCGAGAACCUAGUUAAAGAAUUUCAAAAUCCCGGAGGAGAAGGAGAGAAGUUGCAAAAUUUCUUAAAAGAAUACGCAGAAAAAAACGAUGAUUAUCUUACUAGAGUUUGGACAGAAGAAAUGUACUUGAAUAAUCGUUUACCGUUGCCAAUAUACACAAAUCCUUUUAUUUUGUUACCGAAACAAAAUUUUAGGGGGGACAAUGAUCGAUUUUCAUUCAUUGCAAAAUUUAUCAUAUUUUGUCUGAAAUUUAAACAGAAAUUAGAAAGUGGAGAGUUGAAACAAGAAUUGAAACAAGAAAGUGAUUCAUCAAUGGCCAACUAUUACCGUUUUUUUAAUGUUUAUAGAAGACCUGGAGAAGAAAAAGAUGAGCAUGUAUACACUGAUAAUAGCAGACAUGUUAUAGUCAUUUGUAAUAAUCAAUUUUUUAUGUUAUUACUUCCCGAGAAAUGCAUACCGAGUGAGAAAAAUCUUGGAGAAAAACUAAAAGAAAUCCAGGAUCAAAGUAAAACUGCACCUGCUUACAAACCAAUUGGAAUUCUGACUGCUCAUAAUCGACAACAAUGGUCAGAAUUAAGAAAAGAUCUGAUUAAAAGCGAAAUUAAUAAACAGUCAAUCACACAUAUUGAAAAUUGUUUAUUUGUCGUGUGCAUGGACGAGUCCAUCGAAUCCUUAGAAGGGCAAAAGUACCCAUACUUCAACAAAUUUUCGGAUCAAAAUCUCGAAAUUAUGGCUAAUCAUGUCCUACACGGGAAUAAAUCUAUUCAUUCCACUGCAAAUAGAUGGUUCGAUGUAUUUCUUCAGUUUAUAGUCACUAAAGAUGGUACGAAUGGGAUCUGUAUGGAACCAUCGGUCGUUGAUGGGAGUUCAAUGUUGCGAUUCUGUGAACAGUUCUUAGCAUUUCUGAAAACACCUCAAUCCGAAAGUGAAGAUGCAGAAAAUGUAACUGUAUCAAGAAUUCACUGGGAAAUACACAAAUCUUUUAAUAAAAAGAUAAAUGACAUAAAAGAAUCAAUCGAUACAUUAAUUGAACAGGUGGAUCUGAAUAUUGUGAAAUUUACAAACUUUGGCAAAAAUUUCAUAAAACAGCAGAAAAUUAAUCCUGAUAUCUUCUUACAAUUGAGUUUGCAAAUGACAUAUUUCAGAAUUUAUCGAUAUUUUACGUCUACUUUCGAAACUGCGAGUUUACAUCAAUUUAGGUUCGGGCGCAUCGACAACAUUCGAUCUGCCAACGAAGACGUUUGGAAUUUAAUGGAAUCUAUAUUCCGUCCUUUUGAGAAAGGGACAGAUAAACGGGAUAAAUUUACAAAAGCUAUAAAUAAACAAGAAGAAAUUCUUAGUUAUACGAUGAAAGGAGAAGGCCCGGAUAAUCAUCUUUUGUGUUUAAAACACAUGGCUGCUUUAAAAGGUCUACCAGAACCCGCUUUUUUCAAAAGCCACUCUUACAGACAAUUUAUCGAUUUUCGUUUAUGUUUCAGUCAGAUUACUACUAAUCAAGACAUCAUAAUGGGGUAUUGUCCUUCUGCUUUACAGGGUUACGCCUGUACCUAUAUUCUUCACGAUAAUGAUAUCACGUUUUUCGUUUCUUCUGGCAAAAACGAUAAGAAAACAAAUACCAAGAAUUUUGCUAACUGUUGGAUGUAUAGUUUAACGGAUCUGAAACAAACUUGGGAAUACUGCAACAGUCUUAGAGUUUACCUGCCGUGAAGUAAAAAGUUAAAAGAAAAAGAAAAAUGAACGCACAGAAA